AUGUGUUACGCCAUUACGUCCGUUCGCCUCUUCCUGCCAUUCCGUUGUCGGCUCUCCCUCUACCCCGCCAUCACCUCUCCCUCCUAUCCCGCCGUCUCCUCUUUCUCUCACCCCGCGGUCGCUUCCCUCCCAUCCCGUUGUCACCUCUUCCUUUCGUUCGCCGUUGCCUCUCGCUCUUACCCGCCACCGCCUCUCCUUCACAUCCCGCCGUCGCCUCCCCCUUGCAUCCCGCCGUUGCCUCCCCCUCACAUCCUUCGCCUCCCCCUCACAUCCCGCCGUCGCCUCCCCCUCACAUCCCGCCGUCGCCUCCCCCUCACAUCCCGCCGUCGCCUCCCCCUCACAUCCCGCCGUCGCCUCUCCUCUCACCGCCGUCGCCUCCCCUUCACAUCCCGCCGUCGCCUCUCCCCUACAUCCCGCCGUUGCCUCCCUCCCAUAUCCCGCCUCGCCUCCCCCUUCGCAUCCCGUCGUCGCCUCUCCCCUACAUCCCGCCGUCGCCUCCCCCUCACAUCCCGCCGUCGCCUCUCCUCUCACGGCCGUCGCCUCCCCCUCACAUCUCGCCGUCGCCGCUGA